AUGAUUGCAGCCACGGCUGGGCUGGAGGAGCCCGCAGGAGGCGAGCAACCUCGAGUCUCACCACUGGCUGCCUUGAUCUUCGUCCUUUCUAGUCUGGUUUUCAUUGCCCUUCUAUUUUCUGUUGGUUAUACCUACGGCCACUUGCUGCCCAUCCUAUGCAUGGUUGAGAGCCCUGAAACCGAAGCCUACGUUCCUGUCGGCACAAUAGAACCGACUGACCCUCCCGCCUACUCUGCAAACCCUGCACCCAAGCCCACACACGGCCAACCCGAGGACCUCGAGGACGAGUUGGAUGGCGAUGCCGAAGUUCUCCUCGUCCGCAACAAGCCCUACACAGCCUCGAUCCGCCAGACCAUUCAGCACCUCCGAGCUCGAGCUGGCUACUGGUCUCGAUUCCGCGGCUUGUCCAUGUUCUUUGCAUGGAACAUGAUUUGUGGCCUCCUCAUCUCCAUCAUCGCAACCAUCUUCCCCAACCGACUGGGUGUUGCCUUUGCUGCCAUUGUCGCCGAAACUGCCCUUGCCACAUUCCACAUGGCCUGGGUACACAUUGUCAUUUCUGAGCCUAGCGAGAAGAGAUGGUACAAGCGCAUUCCUUCCAUUCGAACCUGGCCCAAAAUAGCCCCCGCUGUUGCCUUGUGGGCAACCACCCACCAGGUCGUAUCCAUUCUGCCCAUGUUGGUUUGUGGGUCAUUUGGGUCGCUAAAGCACAUGGAGAAUCCGGACUAUCAGCCAGGUCGCAAAGAUCUUUACGCCGUGGGCGGCCAGGGAGUUCUAGGAUUCUCUCUGAUGGUUGCCUUAUUCGUGCUCCUCCAAAUCCCCGCCACCGUCACCCUGGUCCGAGUCGCAGCGUCAAUGCUCCCAGAGGAGGAUGAAACCAUUGUCCCAUUUGACCGCACAUUUGGCGGGAAGACUACUCCCGCUAUCAUUGGCGGACAAGGCAAGAUUGGCUUAGUCGAGGCGUGGAGAAGUUUCCCUUGGCAGAGUCGAAUGCGGUUGCUGAGGUUGAUGGCCAAGGUGACACUCAUCUUCCUUGCUUGCUGGCUCCUCUUCACCAUUAUUUUGGUCGCUGAAGCUCACAUCUUGUUUGGGGACAAACUGGGCGAGGUGAUGAAGACGGUACACGGGAUCACGCGCGGCCAUCAGUGA